GCUGCGCCACUCGGGACCCCAUACAUACAGCAACAAUGUAUAGAAGUGUUUAUUGCUUGGACCAGACUGAUAUUCUCCAGGCUUCAUGUUACAGAAGUAUCACACAUACUUAGAAUAGCCUCAUGUGUGAUAUGUGGAUACGUAGAAUGCAUACGUAUCAAUCUGUGUCUCCCCUUGGAGAUAGUCUGGACUAUUUCAACUAUCAUUUUCCGGUCUAUAUGUAAGCACAUAUGUAUGUUCUGUAUAGGGGGUUUACAUAUCAUGGUACACAUAGCCUACAUGAAAUAACUUGCGCCUUUCAAUCAACAAACCAUAAAUCAAUAAUUUCCGUAGAUCAUGACUUUGCAUUUCUCUUGUGAACAGCAACACGUUUCCAGUCAAUAACUUUGCAUGAAUGGUGCCUCAGAAAAGAGCAUAAAACACAAAGACAAAUGAUGUGGCGUCGAAACAACGCCUUUAUUUCCUUUCACGGCUAGGCCUACUCACCGACGACAUUUUACUUACAUGUAAGACACAUUAGCAGGUGUUACCUGAGACUGAGGGUUUACUAUUCGCCUUAGAGUCUAGACCUAUUGUGUGCUAUGUUCUAAAUACAGACCUUUCAGACUUCCUAAAAAUAGUCUCGUAACCUCAAAUUAAUAAUACCAAAAGGAAUUAUAUAUUAAUAUGACUAAUAGCAUAGUGUUCAAUAUCUACCAGGUAUUAUUAUUAUUAUUAUUGGGAUAUAUGACGGAGAGCCAGUGUGACUAAAAUCUUACGAGAAACUUCCCCAGGGCAUGGUAGAAUGAACAGGACUCGGCAUCAUAGCUAUUGACGUUAUUAGCUGUAGUGUGUGUUUGUCUACUGUAUUAAUAUUCAGUUAUUAAUGGUGCAUUUAUUGGCAUGAGCCCACUUUCUCUCCCACAGAAAAGGUUAGUAAAGACGCACAAUUAUACUGCACUCCCAACAACCGACAAAGAAAGUUAUGGGGGAACAAAUCAUUUUUAUUCUUUCCGAAAAGAGACCUAAAUCCUAACUAAAACUCAUUCUCCUAAGUCCUUCUUUACUGCAUUAAAUUAAAUUCCCAGUAGGUGACGCUCUCAGCCAACACCGAGCACAACCCUGCAAUGGGGAGGCACACGUUGACUUGAGUCUAACGACUCCAAUCUCGUCAUCAUUUGUAACCAUAGAGCAUGAAUUACCUCUUGAAGUCAUCAGUGAGAAUUUACGACUGGUCAACAAAAGCACGUGAUUCUCAAACGCACCCCCACCCCCAUAUUUGGCCGCAUACAUAGCAAAAACGAAGUACAGUGCAUUGCUAUAAUUCAUUAAUACAUCAUAAAUCGUGAAGCACAGCGUUAUAACGACCGAGAUCUACAAAUCAAGCCCUCUAAAACAACCUAAAUGAGCUCUUACUUUGUAAACUCGUUCUCAGGGCGCUACCCAAAUGGCCCCGACUAUCAGUUACUAAAUUAUGGAACUAGCAGCAGCGCUAUGAACGCCUCGUACAGGGACUCCAGCACCAUGCAUUCGGGCUCUUACGGCUACAACUACAAUGGGAUGGACCUGACCGUCAAUCGUUCAUCCAAUACUGGCCACUUUGGGGCUGUUGGGGAUAACUCCCGGGGUUUCCAGUCUCCCGCCCCGGAGACGCGGUUCAGGCAGCCGUCAAGCUGCUCGCUGGCGUCCCCGGAGCCGCUGCCGUGCUCCAACAGCGAGAGCCUGGGACCCAAAUGCUCUUCGCCCCUUUCCGACCAGAGCGCCUGUACGACGGGAAGUAACCUCACCAACACCACACAUUUCACUGAAAUAGACGAGGCGAGCGCUUCCUCCGAGACCGAGGAGGGCACCCAUAGAGCCAGCGGCAACCCCGCCGCCCGGACGCAGCAGAAGCAAGAGUCCACAGCAACCUCCACCACCACGGCAUCGAGCGAUGGCCAAGCACCACAGAUAUUCCCUUGGAUGCGGAAACUGCACAUUAGCCAUGAUAUGACUGGACCAGACGGCAAAAGGGCCCGAACAGCAUACACCCGCUAUCAGACGCUAGAGCUGGAAAAGGAGUUCCAUUUCAAUAGGUACCUUACCCGGAGGAGGAGAAUAGAGAUAGCCCACGCGCUGUGCCUCUCAGAACGGCAAAUUAAGAUCUGGUUCCAAAACCGAAGAAUGAAAUGGAAAAAGGACAAUAAACUGAAGAGCAUGAGUCUGGCUACUGCAGGUAACGCUUUCCAGCCAUAGACGUCACGCAAGUAAAUAAUACACUACGUGGGGUGUAAAGAAUACACACAUUCAAAAUAGUUUUUAAAAACACUAUAACUGAGUACUGUACAACGUGGCAUCUUUUGGCAUGUUGUUGAUGUUUUAGGGCAACUUAACUUCUGCUGUUGUACUGCUUCUAUAAAAACAGUUCGUGUUCAUAUGCUGUUGUCUUUUUAAUACAACAGGGAUUAUUGUUUGGAGGGGAAAAAAAGAAAAAUAGCUAUCAAUGCCGUCCGUUGUUAUUGUUAUAAAUAUCGUUUACGUGUCAAGUGCUAUGUUACUGCUUUCUUGAAAGUUGGCAUGUGAGCUCUUAAAUGUUAUAACUUAUUAACAAACUAUAACGAAUAUACUUUGGAGUUUACAGCUUUAGAGACUCCUCUGCCCAAACAUGAAGUUAAGCUAUAUUAAACAGGCCCCUGUAUUGCUUUAGCAGGAGUCUCGGUGUGUUAAAUAUGGUGACCUUCAUGUUUUCAUACCAUUGUUUGAAUCAUAUCUUUGGAUUUUGUCAUGUGUUUAAAUUACUCAUUUAUUUUUUGAAAAAAGGGAAACUUGUAUAAAAAAGAAAUCUUGACUAGAAUUCCUGUAUCCGUUCAUACGUUUGUAUAGUUAUAUUCAAAAUGUAAUUGUAUAUUAUUGGAUCAUGCUCAUGUUCCAGAAAGGAUGUAUAUAUUAGACAUUUUUAAUGUGACCAAUUGGCUAUUUGUAUUGGGCAGAGUGAAUGACAAGUGUGUGGGGGAAAAUGACAAUUGUCAUGUCGGACUGCCUGUAAGCAUUUUGCCAAUAAGCUUUUUUGUAUUUGUUUGUAGUUUACCUUGGAGUACAAAAUAAAGUUCCUCAUACUCAGACCAAACCCCUCGAGCACACUGCUUGUAAUUCUGUACCCCCUGCCCCUACCUCACAAACGACCCACCUGGGGUCAAACACGCAUCAAAAUCCCAGAACCUCGUGUACCCACUCUCCAAACCUGGUAGACGUAUAUCCUUCUUUGUACGACAUCAGCUGUCAAUUCGUCUCAAAACCUUAUCAAAAUACUUGGGGAAUAUGUCUAAGUCUUCCACAAAUGCAGUCGGACAAAUGAUAGGCCCGAGUUAAAUCUUAAAUGGAACAAUCGCAGUCACUCAUUACGCACAAGGACAUAGCCACUACUGCAGUCCUUUCCAUUUUUUUUUGUAAUGCAACCAAAGGGACAUGUGACAAUCACAGCGGCAAAACUACUGAAACUCAACUAAAAUACACACCGAGCACACACUCUUGGCCCAUCUCUUGUUGACAAACUUUGACAUCCAAAACAUUAAGGAAUUGGGCACUUUUCUGUAAUGAUUUCCUCACUGUUAAACGGUGCCCCUCCUGUACAAAUUAGUUUACGUCUCACUUUCAGUAAACAAGCACUGAACUUUCAAACUUACCGGUGGGUCCUCAACCGUUCUUUCUGGUCCUACGCUACUUUUUAGAGCCGAGUAAAGGUCCUGCCAAAAAUCCCCAUCUGCCCGGCGCUGCCUGGCCAAUUGCGUUUUGAAAAUUUGCUUUCCCCUUUGGCCAAACUAUACAAAAAGAAGCUAUGACAUUUACAUGUCAAACGGAUGAGGGUUUUAUCUUGAAGUUAGACCGUAAAAAUCGCCCAGGCCACCGACAGAUACCCCUUACUGGCUCUCAAAAGUCACGUGGGGUCCAUAAAGUUAGUUUUAUGGUUUUGGGGAGUUGACAAUAUAUAUUUCACAUUCUAGAAUGCAAGUGGCGGUUUAACUGCUUCGGAAGGAUUCUAAAGGGUCAGUAGUUAGACAAGAGCUAUGUAGUAGGCCACUGCCAUGCCCUUGUCUGGUACACACAAUGUCAGCGCUCCGGUUCGAACCAUUUCAAGGCAGAAAUGUAACCCGUGGACUGUAUGACUGCACCAACUGCACAGUAAGUCCAGUUUAAAGGCUUAUUUGGCUGGUGGCUAGGCCUAGGGGCAAGGGAGGAAGGAGAGGGGAGGCAUCGUUUGUACUUACUGUGUCAUUUAUUUUACUCUCAACAGUGUUAUUAAUAUGGUACUGAGUCUCUGGACCGUCAUAUAUUUCAGGUAUUUUAGUUAGGCCUAUCUACUAUGUGUGGGGACAUGUGAUACGGGCGUUGUAUAUACAUGUGUUUAUGUGUCCUUGUUUAUAUGCUUUAAUUGUGUAUUUGUGGAUGUAACUAUACAAACCGUGACCUCCCGCCUCCGAGGGAAUUCAUGUAGACUCAACUGUUGAGGGAACUUACUUAGACAUGUAGCCUGUCGUUUUCUAUUGUCAUUUUGCAUCUAUGAAAUAAAGUUUUGUUGUGGUA